GUUCUUGGCAGACUACGAGCAGUACAUGGAUUUCAAGGGCUUCCUGGGAAAGGGCGUCCACCACCAGGAGGAUCAGACUCACAAUUUCAAGGAGUUUCUCGACUUCGAGAAGUAUCUGCAGUACACGCGCCAGAGCGGUGGCCAGGGCGACUACAAGAACUACUACAGUGGCGUCCAGUUCGAUGCCGCGCCCGCUUCCGGUGGUGACGGAUCUGGAGACACGGACGGAUCAGACUCAGGCAUGCCAAGCAUGGGGGGUGGAAGCUUUGGCAACUUCGUGCCCGCUGGAACCACGGAUGGCGGUCCUAAAG